AUGGCCCUGAACACGGCGGCCACCAUUGGUACUUCGGUCUACUCGAUCGUCCAGGGUGAACGAGCCGAAAAACGCGAGCAGCGGAGAGAAGAACGGGAGAUCGAAUUGAUGCAAGAAGAGAGAAGAAUGUCGCAUCAAGAAAAUCUACGUUUAAGAGAGGAGAAUCGCGGCUUUGGCGAAUUCAUCUACGCGGCAAAUGGCAAAUUGGAUGAUAUACAAUAUAUUUCCAAAGAGACUCUGCAGCAAGUGCUUGCGAACAACGAGGAUCUCCGAAAUUUGGAUCAAAAGCUCAAUCACAAAUUCGACGAGGCUCUUCGGGGACUCGAUCGAAACAGCUUCCUUAUCUCCCAAUAUUCUCAAGGGCUUUCGAGCAAACUCGAUAAUGUCAGCACCGGAAUUAUGGAAAAGUUCUUGGAGCAGAGGAAAGCCACCGAUCGCAACACCGGUCUCAUCGAGGAUUUUCGGGACGAGACUCUCGACGAUCUCUUCUACAUCGCUAGAAAGCUGCAACUCAAUGAAGAGCAAACGGCGGCGGCGAGAAAACACCUGAUCGAGGGCAUGAAUGCGGGAUUUGUGGCCGUGCAAGAGCGAAUGAUCGAACAUCACACAAAACAUUCGAAACACUUGAGUCAAUUGGGCAAUUCGUUAACAUUCAACUCGCUCGUCUUGCAAGCCGGACAUGAGAUCACACAGAAACAGCUGCAGGACGGAUUUGACGAGAUGAGAGAGGAGGCCGUCGAGCACGCCUUGUCGCUUGACGUGAUGAAGGAGGCGUUCGAGAACAAAUUCGACGACACAAUGAAAGCAAUUCUCGCCAAUGCGAAUCGAGCCGAAGCCCUGAAAGUCCAAGUGAGCCGACUGGAGACGAAAAUUCUCGACGGUUUUCGUGACCUAAAAGAUUCAUUCACGGCGGAAAUCGCCGACUUUCGAGCAAUCUUCGAGCAAUCGGAACUCAGAGCAAUCUUCAACCCGAUCAAUUCGACAUUCCAAAUGAUGAAUCGCUACAUUCAACACCGAGACGCAACAAGCGAGAAAGAGUUCAAAGAGGCCUAUUUGGGCUCGCAAAUACGAAACAAGUACUCGGAGAUCGAAAAGGAAUUCAAGUAUUUUCUCCAAAAACAUAUCAGAACAGCAGCUGUAAGGGGCGAUUUUCAAUUCGAGAAUUACGAGCAGCUGCGCGACCGCCUACUACAUCAUUUCGAGAUGGCCCACUUGGCUCGUAUCUUCUAUCACGGAUUGGAUAUGGUGCACAACGAUAAAAGCUAUCCAGCAUUUCUCAAAUGGGAACUCGAGACAAAGAAAGAACAUCACAAACACCUGGAGAUAUUGAGGCAUCAGGAUUUUGAGAUGCGCGAAGAGGUGGCCCGUCAUGCUUUCGAAGUGACUCCCGUUAACUACUUGAAAGAGACGACGGCAGAUCAUGACGGCAAGUUGACGGAUGAGGAAAUUGUCACCCUUCUUGCCGACAUUCAAGACGAUCUGCACAAUGAGAAAUGGGCCGAUACGAAUCGAUCUCUCAGUCAAUAUGUGGUCUUUUCGACGAGAGACUGUAAGUACUCGAUGAACCGAUAUCAUCAUCACAAAUCACAUUUCGCUUAUUACACGAACGCGCAAAACAUGACCUUUUUCCUCUAUCGACAAAGACAUGAUCUCUUGACUGAGAAGUCAUUUGAUGGCGAUUACGAAAUGGGAAACGUUUUGGCCUCGAAAACCGUCAAAAAUGUGCUUUUGGAUCGGAUCCAUCGAGUGGCCCUCGUUGAGAAUGGGGCGAUUUCGAGAGAUAUCGGUCAAACGAUCCACAUGGCUGCCGACGAGAUUUGUGCCAAGAAUUGUCGGGCGCUGCUCACCUCGCCGAGCAAUUGCAUGGUCAUCACUCCGGGUGCCGUCCGCUUUGCUGCCAUUUUCAGUCCGUUUGGCCUCGUGGAGAUCUUUGUCGGGCUA